CCGCAAGCGGACUUAAAAAGAAAAAAAGAAAAGAAAAGAAAAGAAAAUGGUAGUCCAGAAGAAGAAGAAGGGGAAGAGGAGGAAUAGCAACCUUCAAGAUUUUGAAAGUAGAAGAUAUUUGCCUAACAUGGAUGAUGAACCGAUUUCUGGCUUCUGGCCGGACGAGACUCCGUCGCUUAAUGGUCUUUUUCGGGAGGAGCCGUCACGCUCUGAAUUCAAGAUUGAUGGUGCAGUUAACCCAAAUUUGGAUCUUCUUGGUGAGAAAGAAACUGAAGAAGCUGGACAACCGACUGAAACCUCAUCCUCCGCUCUUCCAGCGGCAGCAGUGGAAGAGGACUUUCUGAAGGGCAAGGUUUUAGGAAGUGGAGGUCAUGGCAAGGGAGGAGGAUUCUUUCUGAAUGAUUGGGCUGAGUUACAGGGUAAGGGCUGCAGUGUGACAGGGCUGGUUUUAGAAGGUGGAGGUCAUAACGAGGGAGGAGCCUUUGGGGAGCAAGAAGUAGUUCGUGAGCUGCAAGCAGCUCAAAACCAAGUUUUUUGUUCUUUUGAAGACACAAUUAGUGGAAUCAGAUCUGGGGAAGUGAAGGUAAUAAGUGGGGAAGUGGAGUGUAUGGGCUGCAGAGAAAGGUACAUAAUGGAAAUUGCUCUACAUGAGAGGUUUGCAGAAAUGCACAAUUUCAUUGAGAGUAAUAUGGAACACCAUGGGCACAAAAUUACGGAGAUGUAUUCAGAUCUUAGUUGUACACACUGUGGAAAGAAGUUGGUCAUCCCUGUUGGUUCUCGGAACAUGGAAGCAAAUGACAGCUAUUGGCUGGUUCUAUUUCUCUUGAAGAAAAUUGGCAACACCACAGUUCAACAGAGGUUGGCUUUUAUGAAGAGAUUGGAUCCUGCAUUUAAGAAUCCAGUGAAUCGAGACAAGCUUCUCUUUCAGGUCUACUACCAGAUUUACAAACAAGUGUAUGAACGUUUUUGAUGGUAAGAUGAAUGGUUUGGUGCUGCCAGUUGUAGGAAGUAUGAAAAUCCAUUGAGUAAUAUUAUAAGUUUUUGCUUUUUACACUUUAUGGCUGGACUUAUUGUCAAGUAUAAACUUUUGGAGGAUUAGUUUCAAUAUAUCAAUAUCAUUGAU